CGCAGGCGGCGCUCACGCGGCCGCCUCUUUUCCGCCGAGCCAAGAUGGCGCCGAAGGUGAAGAAGGAGGCUGUCCCAGCCAAGACGGAGGCAAAGUCCAAAGCACUUAAAGCGAAGAAAGCCGUGUUGAAAGGGGUCCACAGUCACAAGAAGAAAAAAAUCAGGACAUCGCCCACCUUCCGGAGACCAAAGACUUUGCGGUUACGGCGACAGCCCAAGUAUCCCCGGAAGAGCGCCCCACGGAGGAACAAGCUUGACCACUAUGCCAUCAUCAAGUUCCCACUGACCACGGAGUCAGCCAUGAAGAAAAUUGAGGACAACAACACCCUGGUCUUCAUCGUGGACGUGAAGGCCAACAAGCACCAGAUCAAACAGGCGGUCAAGAAGCUGUACGACAUCGACGUGGCCAAGGUCAACACCUUGAUCAG